AUGGAGCUCUCCCGCUUGUUUGCCCUCCUCGUGGGCUGUCUGGCGCUGGCUGCUGCUCAGACUGACGGCUCUGCUACUUACACGAAUCCGAUUGUUCCAACGGGAGCAGAUCCCUGGAUGCUUCGCUACGGCAACUACUACUACCUGUUGUACACGGAAACGGACAACAUCACCAUGUGGCGGAGUCCCAGCUUGACCGACUGGAGCAACGCAGACAUGAAAGCUGCAUUUCUACCUCCUGUAUGCACCACAUCAAACUACCAUCUCUUGACUCAGCGGCCACUGACAGCCCUGUAGAAAGGCCAAGAUUAUUCCACCUAUCUGUGGGCCCCCGAGCUGCAUCAGAUCGACAACAAAUGGUACAUCAUUUUCACGGCAGACCCCAACAAGGAUACGCCUCCAAGGGACAUCGAGAUGCUAUGCAAUUUUGGCUGCCCGGCUGUGAACCAUCGAAUGUAUGUCCUGGAAGGAAGCACAUCGGAUCCAUGGACAAGCGACUACACGCUGAAGAGCCAGCUGAAUACGUACGACCAGUUUGCCAUCGAUGGCACGUACUUCCAGCACUCGACCGGGCUGUAUCACAUUUACUCAUGCUGGUACUCUGCGUAUGAAGCCUGGCCUGCAAACUUGUGCAUCACCAAAAUGAGCAAUCCCUGGACGGUGCAAUCGAAUGUCACGGAGCGGCAGAUUCUGUCUGUCCCCUCCAAUCCGUGGGAGAAGACGCCGUAUGGCCGUGCGCAGAAUGUCCGUCUCUCCACUAAUGAAGGACCCGAGCAGCUUACAAAUCCACAGACUGGGCAACAGUUUGUCAUCUACAGUGCAGCUCGCAGCGAUAAUCGCAAUUACUGUCUUGGCCAGCUGGAGCUUGUGGGCGAUGACCCGAUGAACGUUGAGGACUGGCGAAAGAACAAUGAAGGCUGCGUCUUCUACCAGAAUGCUCUGGCGGAAGCAUACGGCGUCGGACACGCCAGCUUCACCACCAGUCCCGAUGGCAAGGAACAAUGGAUCGUCUACCACGGCAUGCAGAAUCCAUUCAACGGGGAGCUUGCGAGGAACAUUCGAGCGCAGAAGUUCACGUGGAACAGCGACGGCACUCCCAACUUUCCUCGGCCGGGCUAUGGUCCGUAUGCAGUGCCGAGCGGAUCGAACUCGAGCAUGAAGAUGUUUUGA